UUUUGCAGCAAAAUGCAGCCAUCUAAAAGCAUGAUGGAUUAUAUGAUGGAGUUAAAUAGAUUGUUCCCAAAAACUGCUGAAAAUGAAAUGCAUACACCAACAACUACAUUCCAAUCGCAUUUCGGACAGCCCACACCAAACUACUCUUCAAGCUCAACUGACUCUUUCUCCCCUGAGUCAUUUCCGGAGCUCUCAUUCCGUCCUCCAGAGUACAGGUCAGAGACACCCUUCGCCAUUGCCAGAAGACCAAUAGUCGGCCGGAAGAUCUUAGGGAACCCGGAGCAGAAGCCUAUAGAAAGAUCGAGCUAUGAAGAGAGAUUUAGUCUUGAGCGGUCUCCGAUCAGGCAUUGGAGGGAGCAGAGUGAGCAAACUCCACCGAGAACUAUUGCUAUUGAGCAAAGGAACUGUACGAAGAGUUUCUACGAAUUGUUUCCUGGAGACAACAGAGGUUUCGAGUUCAAAACUCCAGUGAAAACUUCACCGGUGUAUUCAAAUGUAUCGCCAGCAUCACCUAUGUCUCAAAACUCUCCAUCAAACUUCAACAGGUUUACAUACCCGAGGUUGAAUUUUACGACAUCUCCAACACCAACUAACAUGAAUUUAGGGGCGACAUCACGAUUCCCAGAGGUGGCACAGAAAAUGUGUUCCUUCUGCCGUAAGAAUGGCGAGACACCGCUGGUCUACAUGACGCACUGUGUCAAAGAGAAGAGAGGCAACCGGAACAUCGUCACAUGUCCGAUAUUGAGGUCUCAUGUGUGCUCCACCUGUGGAGUGUCUGGGGACAACGCUCAUACCAUCACAUACUGCCCAGUGCUCCGCAGCACAAACAACGGCGUGCCUCUGAAGUCUACCACCAUCACCCUGAAGAACACCCGCGUCAAGAGCAACGGUAGGAGGCGCUACUAA